AUGAGUGGGGGCGAGCGAGGGCGGCGCUACACAGGGUACUGGGCACCUUUCAAUGCAUGGUGGAGGGCGCACUUGGAAAAGCAUGGCGAGCGCCCAAAAGCAGAGGACCUGAAGAGGUGGUUCCGCGAGGAAUCGCGGCUUGCAUUUCCGAACGAGCCGCCAACGUAUACCAUGAUACGGAAUCAUGCUAAAGGCCUUCGCGACAUUGCUUCAGUUAAACACUAUUUUCGAGACUACAGGGCUCGCAAACGGCGGGCUGUGGCAGACCUCGCGGGCGAACCAUCCCCCCGCUCUGAUCCGGAUGAUGAGGAGGACAACAGCGGCGGCACUGGCACCCCCACAGAUGAAGCGACCUCGGACGAAGACUGGCAGGGCAGCUCCAAAAAGCGGCGCCACAACCGCGACCGCCGCAAGAAAAACAUUCCCCAAGAGCCAAAGGCACAGCCAGGGCCGGCCGGCUCAUCAGCAGGUGCUGAAGUCACGGUGCAGCAUCCGCCGCUGGUCCUUCAGCAACAGCAGCAGCAGGCGGCUGCUGGACGGCGAGACAUGGGCGCGACCUUGGAGGAGCAUGGCGACCUCACUGUGACAGUGACCGUAACACACUUGAAGCGUGAGGUCACCGGAUGCCGUGCGCGAUUGGACUCGAACCUCCCAGCAUCCUCUCCGCCGAGCGGCUCGCGCGCCUCACCGCUCUUUCAGCAACAGCAGCAGCAGCAGCAAAACGAACAACAGCACAAAGACCAACAACAGCAACAACAGCAGCAAAAAGGGCAACCAUAUGAACGUGAGCACUUAAUAACAAGUCCGCACAAGCCGCAACAACAAUCUGAUUUGGGCAACACGGGGCCUUUUUCGGCCAUGGCGCAUCGGUCCGGUAUCAUCCUCGGGCCAGCGGGCUCGGCUGUCCCGCGUCAAAGCGGCGGUGGUACAGCAUUACUCUGGGGCCCCAACUCUGGCGGCGAAUGGCGCAGCUCUCGCACGGAGCUAGUGGCGCAGUGCGCCGAGCUGGACGAAGCAUUGGCAGGACGGUGCGGCGCAGCUGCAGCGGCCCGUGUGGAUGCUGGCUUCGCUUCUCCGCGGGGUAGCAACGAGCUGGGCGGUUGUUCCGGUCCUGGGCUGCACCGCGGCUUGUCGCCGAGACAGCUGAAGCAGCCGCCGCCGCAACAACAACAACAACAGCAGCACCAACAACAGCACCAACAACAGCACCAACAACAGCAACAACAACAGCAACAACAACAGCAACAACAGCAACAACAACAGCAACAACAGCAGCAACAACAGCAGCAACAACAGCAGCAGCAGCAGCAACAACAGCAACAACAACAGCAGCAACAACAGCAGCAGCAGCAGCAGCAGCGCCAACUGCUCCGAUCGCCACAGCAGCAGCAGCAACAGCGACAGCAGCAGCAGCAGCUUCAUGGGUCGAUAACACCUGGCUCAGAGGCCCUGCUCAGGUCCACAGGACCGUCCUUGCAUCGCGAAUCCCAUUCCACCUACAUGUCCGUCGCCAGGCAGACAACUGACCGCGUGCACGCCCCAUGUGCGGCCGCUGCGCAGCACAACGUAGACCGGGUCUCCUUUUCAUCCCCGCUGGUCCAGCGAAGCCUGGCGGCUGCUGCAGGGAUGGGAUCGCACGGCAGCUGUGGGGGUGAGGCUUGGGGCCCUGCUAUGCUACAUCCCGGAGUGAACCCGGCGGCGGCGGCAGGGCACGCAGGGGCCGUGAUGCUCGUCAGUCCCGUGUCGUCCCAGCCCGUGCCGUCUGGCGAUGCCGCUAGUAAGGCAUCCACUGACGUGUUCCGCUGCGGCCGCGCCGCUGCAGAGCUGCCCGCCGGCGGCAACAUGAAUCCGGAGGCGAGGGGCGGCAGUGCCAGCGGCAGAGGCAGCAAUGGCGCGGCCCCUGCUGGGCCUGGCACUGCGUCGUCGGUACCAGAGGCUGUAGAGACCAAAUCUAUCAAGGAUGAGGAGCUGUAUAUCGGGCUGCACGGGCCUGUGAAGUCAGCAGUUCGCAUGGAAGAUCCAGCAGCAGCCACACCACUGGAUUCGAUUGCUGCCCGGAGUAGCGGGGGCGGCCACCACGAAUCGCCGUCACCGCUCUCGCCGUACGGUUUACGGCAUUUGGAUGACCGAGGGGCCUCCCUCCCUGCCGUGACCUCCGACGGCAUGGCGGUGGCAGCAAUGGCUGGUGGCGGCAUCGGCGACGGGCUGCUCCGCAGCGAUGGUGGCGGCGCACCCAUUCCAGUUGAUGCCACUGGCGGCCUUGCGAGGUUCACUUGGCUGCAGCGCAGCAACUGCCACUCGCUCGAUCAGAAUGCCCAGCAUGCCAGUGGUUCAGGGCCCCUCAGUGACAUGGAUGCGUUGGACGGCGGCGGAGGCGGCAGUGGUGCGCACCGUCACGUUGGAAGCCCCGUCGGCCCUUCGCCUCUGUCCAUGGCGUCAUCUCCGCACGCGGUUGCUGAGAGCAAUCUAUAUUCGGGCGGGCCCCAAGCAUCUUUGCAUGGCGGCCUAAUGUGUGGAGACCUUCGAGGUAUGCAGACGAGCAGCGGAUUUCAGGGUGCGCCUUGCAACGCCGGCGAUGCAUUGGCACAGCAGCAGCAGCUAUUGCUGCAGCCGGGGCCUCCGCCGAUGAUGACUGCGGGCCCGCCGCCGGUAACGACAGGCUUCGCGCCCAGCAAGGGCGCGGCGCGUGGGGCCGCCGCGGCGCUUCCUGGCGCGCCGUCGGGCAGCGGCGGCGGUGCAGGACCUACAGCAAUGCAGGCCGGCUCACCGGGGUCGGGGCAGCUGGCCGCGCCGCUGGUGGGCCACGUGGUACUGACGGGGGCGAGCUCGUCUCCCGCUGCAGGCCAUCCCACUAAUCCAGGACUUCGGGCCCCAGCUUAUCCUGGGCAGUACAUGCCGUACGGGCGACCCGUUGUCCGCCGUAGGUACGUGGCGGCCCCAUCGAAUGCCCACCAGCAGCAGCAGCAGCAGCCAGCCGCAUUGCUAUCAUUGCAUCGCCAACAGCAACAUCAGCAACAACAGCAACAACAGCAACCGCAGCAGCUUCACUCGUAUCCUAGCCUGUCACAGGAGCAGCCACUGCUGCUGCCGUCUCGCCAGCCUCAACAGCCGCCGCCACCUUUGCACAUGCGCCACCAGCAGCAGCAGCACCAGCAGCAGCAGUAUUCACACAAUGGCCAGCAACAGUGCUCGCUCACUGGUAUGCCGCCCCCGUUGCCCGGCCCAAUAAUGUCCGCAUGGGCGUCGGGCAGCUGCUCGCCGUCAGCCCUGCACCGCGAGGGCUGUACGCCGACAUACGGCAUGCCGGGCCCGGACCCGUGGGUCGCUCCAGGCCAUGAAGAUAUACGGUCGCCGAUACUGGCCACGGCUGGCAGCGCUCCGGCAGCACCCGUGAGCAAUGACCCACGCGCUUCGGCUCAAGGCCCCCGCGAGUCCCUCUACAUCGAACCAACCAUGACGGGGAUGAUCGUGGGGGAUCCUGGAGGUUACGGCUUCGGUGGAUUGGGCGCCAGGGGGGAGGUGGAAUACGUAGCGGAGGGGUGGGAGCCGGCCGCGAUGUCGCCUGCUGGGGUGCCGGCUGCCGGCGUUGUGGCGGGCGGCGUUGCGAGCGGGGAAGACGCCAUGCUGAUGGAAUCGCUAUGGGGUGGCCUGAACUUUGGGGCGAACGAAGAUUUAGGGAUGCAGUACUUCUUCCCUGCAGGGGAUAUGGGCGGGGCGGGGCAUGCGACUGGUGGCCGAGGCGGUAGCAGGGGUGGCAGCGGAGGUUAUGGCAUUGGUGUGGGGUUUUCUGGCGCCGUUCAGGUGGCGCCGCCAGGGGACCCGCCAGCAUCGGGUUAUCAUUGUGGGGUCGGAGCAUACGGGCUGCCGGAUGCUGGGGCGACGCAGUUCUGA